ACCCACACGGUUGUAACUGUAACUGACUAUAUACGGCUGUCACUGUCAGUGACUGUCAGUCCCGAGCGAAGGAGGGAGGGAUGCCAAUCAGCCAAGUGCCUUCAACUUCUGCAUCGGGGCAAACAGCGGCGAGAAGUCCACCUCACUCCCCGCCCCUGGCCAAGCUCAGGCCGGCGGCUCUCAAGCCUCGCUCGCUCCCCGAGUGCCGCACCGGCGCGGCCCCUCCCUGCCUCCCACACGUGAGAAAGCGCACCGUGGCAGCAGCUACUGGGCAUGCUCGGAGGCUGGGUCGGGCACCGGUUACGGCGGAGCAGCAGAGCGAGGCGGCGGAGCUCUCCUCUCGCUCGAUCGCCAGCCAGCGCUCGCGGAAGGCAGGCUGUGCGCACUCGCGCCCUGAUGGAUGCCCCGCCGCGGCCAGGAUGCAGCUCCGGGCGAAGCAGCGCCCGAGGCUGGGAGCCGGCAAGUGGCGGCGUGCGGCUUGACAGCUCCUCCCCAUAGGCUCCAGGAGCGGCUGGAAGAGCAGAGUCCGAAGCGCUGCACAGCCUCGGCUGGGGCGGGGUAAGGUGCCGGGCAGGCAGGCCGGUCGGCGGGCGAGCCUCCGGGGAGAUGCACUGGUAGGGGGGGGGAGCUCCUGGCGUGCAAGCUCCCCUCGCGAUCUGGGUCGGGCUGUGGGGCAAAGCAAAGGAGGCACGUCGCAGGAAGUUCCUGGCGUGGGGAUCCCUGGGCGCUCCGAGCUCCCUUCUGCCGGGGAUGGAGGCGCCCAUCCGCCGAACCAGCCCCAGUGGGGCUGCCCUGAGGACCGAGGGCUGGAUGCCGGCGGCUCCAUAGCACCCCCCGCCCCCCCCGCCCCGGCUAUGGAACUGCCCCGGAACACAAGCGCGGCCCCCCACAACGGCUCCCUCUUGGCACUCUUCUCUACCUCCCAGUCUUCUUUCCUCCUGCUGCCGCCCGCCUCGCCCUACUCCCCGGCAGCCGUGGCCUGCUUAGCCGCUUUGGUGGGCUUCCUGAUCGUCUUCACCAUUGUAGGCAACGUGCUGGUCGUGAUCGCUGUGCUGACCAGCCGGGCGCUGAGAGCCCCGCAGAACCUCUUCCUGGUGUCCCUGGCGAGCGCCGACAUCCUGGUGGCCGCCUUGGUCAUGCCCUUUUCCUUGGCCAACGAGCUGAUGGCCGACUGGUACUUCGGCAAGGCCUGGUGCAACAUCUACCUGGCCCUGGACGUCCUGUUCUGCACCUCCUCCAUCGUGCACCUCUGUGCCAUCAGCCUGGACCGGUACUGGUCGGUUACCCAGGCGGUGGAGUACAACCAGAAGCGGACCCCGCAGCGCAUCAAAGGGGUCAUCCUGAUCGUCUGGCUGAUCUCGGCCAUCAUCUCCUUCCCCCCCUUGAUCUCCAUGUACUGGGAGCCGGAGGGGGAAGGGCCUCCCCAGUGCAAGCUCAACGACCAGACCUGGUACAUCCUCUCGUCGUGCAUCGGCUCCUUUUUCGCCCCCUGCCUGAUCAUGGUGCUGGUUUACGUCCGCAUCUACCGGGUGGCCAAGCUGAGGACCAGGACCCUCUCCGAAAAGCGGCCUGGGCCAGACGGCCCCUCGCAGACGGAGAACGGCGGCUUGUCCCGAGCCCCCGGGGCUUCAUGUCGCUGAGGACCCAGCCCACCAGGGAGAACGGCCAGCUCGCCAGCCACCGCCGCUGGAGAACCUCGGAGCUGGAGGACAUCGAGCUGGAAGAGAGCAGCACCUCGGAGAGCAGGCGCCGGCGGAGCCGGGAGGAGCACCGCCGCGGCAAAGCCAGCCAGAGGCGCUCGUUCGGUCUUCUCCAAGCAGUCCAGCGGCCGCUCCCUCGAGUUUUUGGCCUCCCAGCGCAGGAAGCGGGGCAGCCUCUGCCAAAAGACGGUCAACCAGACGCGCGAGAAGCGCUUCACGUUCGUCCUGGCCGUGGUCAUGGGGGUCUUUGUGGUCUGUUGGUUCCCCUUCUUCUUCAGCUACAGUUUGUACGGCAUCUGCCGGGAGGCCUGCGAGAUCCCGGAGACCCUCUUCAAGUUCUUCUUCUGGACGGGCUACUGCAACAGCUCCCUCAACCCAGUCAUCUACACCAUCUUCAACCAGGACUUCCGCCGGUCCUUCAAACACAUUCUCUUUGGGAGGAAGAGGAAGAUCAGGAAGAAGAAGAUGUUCUCCCUGCAUUGACCUGGGAGGGCAGGGGAGGAGCGAAGGGCCGCGGGUUGGGGCGCGGGCAGGCAAGGGUCCGGAGAAGCGGGCUGCAUGAAGAGAUGGGAGAGUGGGCAGGCCUUUACGCAGCAGGCGGGGAAGCCAGAGCUGCUCUUGGGAGAAAGAGAUCUGGGCCAGCAUCAAGACCUAGGAAUAAAUGGAAAACCAGAUGGGGGGUGGUGGUGGAGAAGAAGAGGGGGAGUAACUGGGAAGAAGAAACAGGUGGGAAGCUGACAAACUACACAAGAGCCAGGACAGAUCAAUCAGGAACUGAUUAGCACUAGCAGAUGAGGAAAGGUGAUGGGUCUUUUUUAAAAAGUUGUGGUGGGGCUGGAUUGGGUUUGUCCCAGACAGAACUCUGAUUUCACUUCUGGAGAGCGGAAUAGAAAGAAACAAAAAGGAGUCCAGAGCAGCAGACCAGGCACUGACAGUCUUUUAUACCUGAAAGAAUUUAUAUAUUUGCCAAAACCCUGCUAAAGAGUAAUCUAAGCUCUUUUUUUUUCUUUUCCAAAAUAAACCUUUCUAAUCUGU